UAACAAGUUGGUUUGCGGCCCGCCAUUAAAAUCAGAGAAGAAGAAGGCUGUGUUCGCUAACAGGAGACGGUACAGUCUCGAGGGCUCUAACGUUAGCUAUCGAUGAAAACAACCGAAUGGCGGGAAGCAGGCUGGAGAGGGUUGGAACUGUGUUCACCCGGGUUCGAGAUCUGAUGCGCUCUGGAGUCAUAAAGCUGCAGCAGAAACCGAUCUGGUACGACGUGUACAAGGCUUUCCCACCGAAGAGGGAGCCACUUUACGUGAAGCCAGAUAACAGAGCCAGUAGCAGGAAACAGCAGACUGUGCCUGAAAUCUUGUACAGAGAAGAUGAAGUUAGAGUGAAGUUCUAUAAGCAGUACAAGGCUGGUCUGGCGUUUGAGCUGUCCAAACCAAACUCUGUGUCUUUGUGUCAGAGAUUUGUAGACAAGUACAUGGCGUUGAAGAGCUGCCACAGUGAGCUGAAUGACUCUGCUCUGUUUGAGGAGACUGGAAAGGCUUUACUCGUAGAUGGCAUCAUCCUGAGAAGGAGACAACUUACUCCUGUGGCAGCCGAGCCCAGGGAUUCGAUUCUCAAGCUGAAGCUGGCAGACUUGUUGGCAGACCAGCAGGCGGCCAGCGCCAACAGCGAAGAGACGACGGCACACACCACAGACACACAAGCGCCGUAGACCUCAGCAUCUGAAGAACCAUUUGAUGAGCUCCAGAUUCUCCACAUCAUACACAGUGUGUGACUUUUAGAAGCUGUACUUCUCUGUUUGCUCCCACCCAAAUAUGUGUGUGUGUGUGUGUGUGUGUGGAAAUUAAAUGUGAAAUUAAAGUGACUCUUAUAACUU